AUGGCGGUUGUAGCUGCUGUUGAGGCUCUGCAUUAUAUGAAGACAAAUGAGAAACUUAUGCUGUCGGUACAAGAGUUGAUUGAUUGCGACACACAGAACUUCGGGUGCAGGGGUGGCUACAGCGAGACUGCUCUGGAGUAUGUACAGAAGCACGGACUGUCGAGCGAAUCAACGUACCCGUACAUGGACCGAGAACGCAUUCUAGGCUGCAAGAAGAACAAGGAAGUAGCGGCCAAGAUAUCAGGCUUUGUCAAAAUCAUGAGCCCGACAGAAGAAUCUCUGGAGGAGGCAGUGGCACGUCAGCCGGUCAUUGUCCGUCUACAGUGCCCCAAGAGCUUCAACGACUACAAGGGAGGCAUCAUUGAUUGGCCACCAGCUCUACCUGGCGAAGAGCUGUUUUUGCAUUACGUGCUGAUUGUGAGUUAUGACACGGACUCCAACGGUGUCAAGUUCUGGCGCUUCAAAAACUCAGCUGGAGAGAAUUGGGGUGAGGGGAGGGUCGGGAGGCUCCGUAGGCACGUCGCUGACAAGCGAGGUGUGUUGGGCAUCUUCAUGUACCCGGCAAUGUACCCAGUUCUUGAUAGUUGA